UUUUUGUAGUUGGGCAAGUGUGUAGCGACUUGACGGCGCCGGAAACUAAUUUUUUUUUUGUUUUUUGAUUUUUUUCUGUUUUCUGCUAAUUUGGAAGUUAUCAGAAUACACCCCCUUAUAGAAAAUUUUUUUGUAUUUUUUAAAUUUAUUUUUGGAGGAAAAGGGACGUUUGAGUCUGAGAUUUUCGGGUAAUAUUUUUGGCUGUUUAAGUCUGAAAAAAUUUUUUUUGAAAAUUUUUAGAGUGGGCUUUUGAUUAUGUUUGGUACAGGCUUUUUGUCGUCUUCUAGAUUUUAAAUUAAAAAAAAUUUUUUAGAAAAUUACGUUCUUAACUAGGUAUGGGUACAGCCCGAAUAGUCGCGCAGCCAUAAAGUCGCCAAAACAUAACUUGCCAAAAAAAUUUCUGUCCCUUUCAAUUUUGGUACCAAUCUCUUCUGCUCGAUGAGAGGAAUCGUUUAAUACUAAAUUUGAAAAGAUUCGGAAAUCUUAAAGCAAGUUAUGGCUUGGCGACCUUAUAGCCUCGCGAAUAUUCGGGCGUGUCCCCCUAGGUUUAUUUUUAGGACUCUAAGUGUAAUUUCAUCAUUAUUUUGUUUAUUUUUUUCCUUAUUAAUUUUUUUGCCUUAUUUUUAUUUUUUAUUUUUCUUUUAAUAAUUUAUUGCUAUCAUUAUUAUUUUUUAUUAUUUUUAAAUAUUUUAUUAUCAUUUUAUCAGUUAACGGAAAAAAAAUUAAUUUUUUUCCGUUACUUGGAGGGAGAAGAAAAAAUUUUUUUUCUUGUGGCGCCCUUCUUCAUCCUUUUUUCUAGAUAAGAGGAGAAGAAAAUUGGGGGAAAAUUAAUUUUUACCCAUAUUAUUCGGAAGAUUUUAUUUUUAUUUUUCGAUGGUGUAUAUUUUUUUCUAAUUUUAUUGCAGCAGAAAUUUUUUUUAUUUAUUUUCCCCAAUUUUUUUCUAUUUUGGCGCCAUUUGAAACUAAAAAUCAUUAAAUUUAUUUUUUGAUUAUUUUUGCAUGUUAUCAUUCUAUCAGAUGAUUUUUUAAAUUUUUU